AUGUCAAAACAAACGCGCUUCUGUUCCUGCCUGAAGUUUCACCUUCUGUGCUACGUGUUUAGCUUUGCGUUGACCUAAUGGUUUACAAGCCGGUACUAAGAUACACGGCUCAGUUGUAUUGGCCCCACCUCGGACACAUUCAUUAGAACCUAACCGACUUCGUCUGUGGCCGUUGGUAACGGCAGCGUUGCUAAGAUCGUGGAUGUUUACUGGAGUGAUACUCGGCUUCAGGAUCAAUGGCGUCCUGUGUAAAAGAGUGGGAAACUUCAUGCUCCAACAUAAUUUUGUCUGCCACUGCACUGUACUCUUCUUAUAAUCUCUUUAAGGACCACAGAGCUCCUUCAGUAGGCCUCUUCCUGCUUGGACUCUCUGCAGCAGUUUGCAUCUUGCAUCCCUCCAGCUCAUACCUAACCUCCCUCCAGAGAGAAGCAGAGUGGGCCGGCGAGGUUCUGGCUCCAGCGCUGGUCUCCUUCGACUUCCUGUGGCUCAGUCAAGACCGCAACACAGCACACAUUCUCCUGUUUGGCUCUUGCCUGCUGCUGGGACUGGGUGACUGGCUCUCAGCAGAUGCUCUCACAAUGUUGACUCGCUGUCUGGGCCUGUCCUCCCUGUCCUGCUGCCUCACGGUGUGUCUUUUUGCUGGUAAUGCUUUAGGGGCCCUGGGUGGUGUGGCCCUCAGCCUUCCUUUGCUUGUGACUCCACAGGUUGGAACAAGCAGUUUUGCUCCGCUCAUUUCCCCAGCUGCCUCUGAGGGACUGAUGAAGUGGUUUCUUAAAGGGUCCAUGUCCAUAGGCUGCUGGGCCUCAACAAAGGCCCUUGGCAAGUUUCUGUUGGAUGUGACUGACCGAUGUAACAUAGGCCUUUAGUAAAUCAGUAGAAGUCUGUGUGAUUAGUCAGAAUUUGUGUAUAUGUUUGCACUGCCAAGUGCUACAAAGACAAAAUUUGCCAGAUGCAGAAAUUUAAUGUGCCUAACCUGAAAGCAUAAAGAAUAGCAAGAGAGAGAGAUAAUUAAUAGAGAAAAUAUUCAUCGGUUUCAGCACUAGUUUCUACACUGGAGGUCACAGGGACUAUAGGAUAACAUGCUUUGACAUAUAAAUGUUAAUGGACAGCAUACAAGUAAUGAUAAUAUUAAUAAACAAAACAGUAAAUUAGGGCUGAGAUAUAUUGAAAAAUUAAUAUCACAAUAACCGGAAUAUCCUCAUUUUAUAUUGAUUUAUGUCAUGAUAUAUGUUUAAAAGUGCAAAAUCCAUUCAGAUUAUCAGCAUGGUAAUUUCCAACUAGAAUUCCAAGGUAAUUAAGAAAUAACCCUGGAAGAAAAAAGUAGUGAUAAUUAAGACAGCUAAAUUGUGUAUCAAGAAAUUGCACAGUGCCAGAGUAAGACAACAAAAUACUUGCACUCACCUCUGUUUUUGGAAUCUGUGUAUUUUACCGGGAUAUACAGUAGCGGCUACACCAAGACCUUGGCUGACCUCCAUAUGAACUUAAUCUGAAUAAAAACACAGCAUUAGACGAAACGCAGGUCCCACUGAAAAAACUCAAAUGCAUCAGUAAAUGUCCACAGUUUGCAACUGACAGCCCAUGGUGGCGUUGUGUGGCCUUUUACUGGAAGUGCCUGUGUGACACUGAUAAUGUGAGUGUCUAGCAGGCUGCACUUACUCUCAGACUACUGACAUCCUGCACACAUCUCUCUGCUAACAGUUUUUUGUGUUUCCAAAAACACCCAGCUACCUCAGAGUCUGGGUCCUAUUUAUUUUGCAGCCUCAGCUGUAUCACUGUUAAAAUAUCUGCAGUGGUCUAAGCUCUUGGCCCUGCUCUUGUCUCAUCGUGCCCAUUUGAUACGUAUCAAUGCACUUUUUUUAUUUUUUUAUUACUUCCUCUGUUUUUGGGGGCUGUAAUUGUUGAAUGGAAUUCCCUAAUCUGUUUAACUCACCACCACUUAAAUGAUGUCUGUUUAAUUUUGUUUGUCCACAGUGUGGUCCUUGCAAGGUAUUGAUAUUCUUUACAGAGAUUUGUAGUGGACACUGCAGAUUCUCUCUCAGGAUUUCAGACUUGUAAAGAGCUGCCUCAGCAGUUUUACUGCAGUAUAUGUGCAAGCAUCUGUGGCUCUGUGCCUGUCUGUGGGACAAUGCCUUUGUCAAACCUGAAGGCGCAGGUGACUAGUGAUAUCUUCAACAUAAUCGAUCAUUUUUGUGCACAUUUGUGAGUUUGGAGUGCCUUUAUAGUUAUGCAAAUUGUGCUGCCUGUGCUUUUUUUGUAAUGAUUUAUCAUUCAGUUCAUGCCUUUUUGGGCAUUGUGGAAGUGUUUUAAAAAUAUCACAUGCUGUACUUUUAUUUUUACUUUAAUUGAAUUGUUUUUGGUUAACAAAACAUGGUAAUAGUCACUAAAGGAAGAUAAAAUUAAUCUGUCUUGAAUAAAUUAUGUGAACAUUAAUCCCAGUUAACUGUAUGUAACUUUACACUGCAUUUCAAAGAUCUCCUAGCUCACGUUCAGCUGUUCAGCUAUUGCCACUUAUCAUCCUUCAUCUUCAUCCAAUAUCUCACUAUUUGUGAGUACAUUAUCUGGCCCAUAUCGGCACCUGGAACCUGGCACAUCUCACCCACCUCUGUCUCAGGCUGCUGGUAUCAGCAUCAACCCCCACAGCUCACUCAGUCUCCAUACUCUGUCUUUCACGCCACCACUGCAGCGGUUCAGGAAAAUCCAGUGAGCAUGCUCACUGCAGAUGCAGCCUGUGGAUGGAGCGAAGUGG